AUGCCUCCGCCUUUCCAAUACCUCUCCACGCCUCCCCUCCCCGAUCCACUCAACCCCAGGGCCUGCAGAAGCCGCACUCGCAACCGCAGGAGUCGCCAAACUCACACCCACACCCGCAGACUCAAAUGCCCGACUUGCUCAACCAGCAUACCUCUGCCUCCACCGCCAGACUGCAUUGGCGCUGAGAAUAUCGCCGCGACCGUACCGCUUACUUCCCCAGAACCCGCAGCGUCACCGUCAAUCUGCUCGUCCUGUCUCUCGCGGUUUCGCUCCCCGGGCGCCGAGUCCGUGAAUAGACGACAAGAUACGCUGACGUCGUUUCCGGGGUUGUUCGAGGAAAGGGGUGGUGGUGGCGGUGGAUCUAGCUCUAGCUCUCGCUCCGGCUCUGGUUUGCAGGACGGCGAUGCUGGAGAUGGAGGGGUGGGAAAGAGUUGGAUUUCGACUUCAACGCAGAUUUCGUACGUCGGUGUGGUUAGGAGAAUGUUCUCUUUUGGAUUCGGGUUUGGGGUUGCGAGGGAGAGGGGUAGGGUGACAUCUGGGGAGGCGGUGGGAGAGGGAGAGGGAGAGGAUGGAAGGGGGAUUGAAGCGGUGAGGGAGAGGAGGUUGACGGCUUCGUCGGUGGGUACUCUGGGCAGUGUGGUGCAUGAGGAUGAGGUGGGGAGGGAGGCGGGUUGCGGUAGGUAG